CUGGGCAUCAGGAGCUGGUACGUCAGGCUGGGCAGCAGGCAGAGACACGUCAGGCUGGGCAGCAGGCAGAGGGCACGUCAGGCUGGGCAGCAGGCAGAGACACGUCAGGCGGGACAGCAGGCAGAGGCACGUCAGGCUGGGCAGCAGGCAGAGGCAACGUCAGGCGGGACAGCAGGCAGAGGCAUGUCAGGCGGUUUACAGCAGGCAGAGGCACGUCAGGCUGGGCAGCAGGCAGAGGCACGUCAGGCUGGGCAGCAGACAAGGCAGCGGGCACUGGGCCAUCAGGCAUUGGAUCGU